AUGGCAUCCAAUAUAAAGACAAAUAGUGUCUGCAACUGCAGCAACCAGGAAGCAGGCCACCAUCAGACGGAUCAGGGGCCAGAACUUCUCUCCUCUAUGGAAUACGUGGAAGCCCCAGACCCCAGGCCAGGAGCCCCUCUUCGAGUUGCAGAGAACGUUGUUCCAGGAGCUGAGGACUGGCUGCCGAGAGUCUCUGGGCACCCAGCCUGGGCACUGGAGACAGAGCGUCACACACAUCUGGAGCUGAGUGAGGAACAGCGGUUGCAGAUUUCUAAGGAGCUAGUUGAUCUGCAGAUUGCAACCCAUCACUUGCGUGAACAGCAUGAGGCUGAAGUCUUUGAGCUGAGGAGGGAAGUUCUUCGACUGGAAAGUCGGGUGCUAGAGCUAGAAUUGCAUGGAAAUGGUGCCUGCCAGGGACAUAGAGUCCAGUCAGCGGCCAAUCUGGGGCAAUACCAGGUGCCACCACUAGAGCCCUCAGGAGGCCAGCAGAAGCUGCAGGAGGAACUGAAAUGGGUUCAGGAGCAUCACAGAGUCAGGCAACAGGCACUGGAGACACAAGUGGAAACCCUAAGUCAGCAGUUGCAGGGAGCCCGAGAGGAAGCCAUGUCAGCUGGUCAGCAACUGGCUGCCCAAGCCAUGGUACUGUCCUCCUGUCGGGAUCAGCUCCGGCAGGCUGAAACUGAAAAUGCCCAGCUGCAGCUCCAGUUAAAGAAGCUGAACGAGGAGUAUGCUGUCCGGUUGCAGCGCUAUGCCAAAGAGACAGUGGAGAAUGCCAGUAGCACAAGUCAGGGAGCCCUUCAAGCUUUCCUGGAGGCUACUCUGCAGGACAUUCGGGCCGCACACCGAAGCCGAGAGCAACAGCUGGCCCAAGCUGCCCGGGCCUACCGCAAGCGCCUGGCAGAGGUGAACCAGAGGCAGGAGUUGCUGCUAACCACUUGCAGGGCUACUUUUGCAACAGCCAUCAACCUGGAGCCAUUACCCAUGCAGUGGGCCACUGAACUCAGCCACCCAAGGGAAAACAAGUAUGGUCGACAUAGGACACGGCUACUGUACCCAGAGAAGGGAUCUGGUGACGCUACCAACGACAAGCCACAGCCACUGGCUCUAGACACUGCAUCCUGGGCCCAAAUCCAGCAGAAGCUGCAGGACUUCUCCCAGAACACUCAGGCGGAGCUAGAACGGGAACGGGCACAGCUGUUGGUUCGGGCCACCAUGGCCGAGCAGCAGCUUUCUGAGAUGCAGGAGUAUGUGGAGCAGCACUUGGGCAGGUACAAGCAGGAAAUCCUGAAACUGAGGAAGUUGGUGAAUACAGGAGAUCUCCAAGGAGUAGAAACUGUGCCUUCCACUAGGCCUCAGCGCCCAAGGACUCACAGUCACUAGCUAGUUGCCCAGA